CCCCUGCUCGAUGGCCAAGAACACUAUUUGAUGCUGGUGAUAUCCAACCCCACUUUCGCACAGGUCCAUCACACCAUUUGCUAUCCGUACACUCAUUAUCUUAUUAGAAUGUCUUCACCUUCACAAGUUGUUGACGGGGUUAUCAUCUCGUCCAAUCCUGCCGACUGCCUGGGACCGCCGGCACCAUGGUUUUUUGACUACAUUUUUGACAGCUUGGAGUAUGAUCGCUGGGUCAAGAGCGUUCCUUCUCGCCUUCUGAGGCUGGUAGGUGGCCCAGGAUCCGGCAAGACUUCGUUCGCCGCACUGGCAGUAAACCGUCUCCGACAGAAUGACCAAGCCCAUCAUAACCAUCAAAAGCCGCCUCUUGUCUUGUCAGUAUUUCUCAAGCCGCUCACUGUUCGUGAUCCCAGCGCAGCGGUUCACCAGGAACAAAACGCCAUUCCAUUCGGCGUUCAAUUCUUGGCGGAGAUUGAGAGACAAAUAGAUGCCAAGAUUGGUGUCAACAGCGAUCUUUCUCCACCUCCCUCCCCUCAGACUCAGAUCGACGGUACAGCACUUCUCAACAGUAUCAGAUUCAAGCUCUUCCGACUCUCAGACGUCUGGCUUGUGGUGGACGACCUCGACUGUCUGUGGCCUAUCAGGAAAGAAUAUCUCGAAGUGGAAGAACGACUGGAGCAACUUCGUGGCAUUGGCGUCAGAGUCCUCCUCACCUCUCGUACUCCUUUUCAACUCUCUACUCAGAAACCAAUUUGCGACGUUUCUCUCGAGAAUGAGUACGAUCACGAUGAAGAACAACAUGAAGGUCGACCUGGUCUGAUAACGUGGUGGGAAUGUAAUUUGGACCACGAUAGCACUGGAGGGCCCUUCUGGAUCUGCCAGAAGUGCAAAGAGGCUGGAUAUGCUUGUGGGAAUGAAUCACAUUCUCCCCCAGAACUCACCAGCAACCCAUUUCCCGUGACAUUCGAUAUCAGCAACGCCCCCGAGCCCAGCAUGAAAUCCUUGAUCAUCCACAACCUCCAGCUCGAACACGGACGAUUCUGGCCGCUCGAACCUCCCUUCAGAUCUCACCAAGAUGAAUACCCUCCCUUAUCCUGCCUUGGCAGACGCUUGAUAUCCGGUAGUACCACGGAAGAACCCUCAAGAGAGGCCGUCGACUUUGUGGUCAAGUUGGUCCAGCUGUCUUACGGCAACCCGAGCAUGGCCUUGCUUCUGCUGGAGACAAUCCACCAGGCCGAGACCCUUGAUGCGGCGAUUGCCAAAAGUGACAGGUUCCCGAAGAGCGUCGUGGAGAUGUUUGACCGGUUGAUAGAUGCGCAGAUACGAAGUCGGUUACUGGACAAGACGUCGCCAAGAGAGGUGAGGGCCAGGGCAACGCUAGCGUUGCAUGCCAUCCGAAUUGUGGGCAACGCAGAGAAAGGCCUCAAGUUUUUCGGUAUUGAAUUUGAGAGUCUUAAGAUGAUGCUUCUGGAAGAAAGUGACAGAUGUGGAAGUCAUGGAUUUGAAGACCUACUCGAUUCUGAAGACUUUGAAGUUGUUGACGAGGUAAUUGGCGCUGCAGGGGGCCUGUUGGCAGUUGAAACGAUGGGCACUCGGUACUAUGUGAGAUGCUUUCAUCCUGACUUCUACAACUACGUCAAGGAACGGUAUAAUGAGUUUGUGUCUGAGUGGGAAUGUGAGAAGGAGUAA